UUACUACCACAACGAUUAUUUUGUUUCACUUUUAAUGAGCUUCGGGGAGGAGCUUUGGUGAUGCGGCCUCUACACGGGUAACGUUUCUCCCAAUUCGUGAUGUCACCAGUGACGAAGACGGAAGUGAAAUUGUUCCUGCUGAUGCAGAAAUGGAGGACACUGGUCAAGAUGGAGUUUCAUCCCCAGCCACUCCAGGGCAAGCCAAAUCAAAGCUGGAUACAUUGCCGAAAGAAGAACUCAUCAAAUUUGCAAAAAAACAGAUUAUGCUGAUUCAGAAACUUAAGACAAAAUGCUCAGAUUUAGAGAAGGAAAUCGAAGGUCACAAAUCAAAACCCACUACAGAAGGUGUAGAUGAUGUUGUGCAGGCUCUCACUGAUCGUCUAGAUUCUGUCCUGUUAGAAAAAGCAGAAACUCAACAGCAGCUGGUUAUGCUUAAGAAAGAAUAUGCUAAAAUUAAAGUGGAAGCUGAGGAUUCUGCUAGGAAAGCUUCAGAAUUACAAAGUCAUUAUGAGCAAUCAAAUGGUUGUUUGUCAGAAAGGAUUGAAAAAAUGCAGGAUGAAAUAAAUCAAAACCAGACUAAACACAAGGAAGAGGUAGAUGCACUGAAAAGGGAGCUGAAAGAGGCAUAUGACAAACUGGACCACCGAUGUAACCAAGAAGGGGAGAUUACAAAAUUAAAAGUAGAUGUUGAGCAAAUACAUUCAUCAUACGAGGAGCAGAUUUCUAAAUUGCAAAAAACAUUGGAUGCAGUCAUUGGAGAAAGGAACCAGGAAAUAAGCAAGUUGAAAGAUUCUCAAUUAUUGGUUUAUGAGCAGCACCAGCAUGAAAUUCAAAACCUUAAUGAACAGCUUCUUAAAGUAACAAAUGCACACCAGAGUGAUGUAUUAGACCUUAAAAGUCAGCUUGAAUCAUCAACAGUAGAGUAUGUGAAACAAAAAGAGUUGCUAAACCAGUACAGGGAAAAAGAAAAUAUGUUGUUGGAAGAAAUGGAAAGAAAUAAUAAGAAUCAUGCCCUUGAAGUAAAACACCUUAAAGAAAAAAUUGAGGGAAAGAGCACAGUUCCUGAAGCCCAGACAGUUGUACCUGAAGUUAUGGAAGAUAAAGUGUUACUCUUAGAAAAUCUUCUGACAGACCUAGAGUCACAACAAAGUAUUUUACAAGAAGAACUUGCAUAUACUAAUAAUGUGAAAGAAAAGUUAGAAACUGAGCUUAAGAACUUAAAGAGUGAAUACUUUCAUGAACGAGAAGAAUUGGAAUUUAAGAUAAAUGAACUGCAGCUUGCUAUAGAAGAAUACAAUGGCUUGAUUGAAAAAUUAAAAUGUGAGCUUCAGGUUGCAAAGAAAGAUUUUGAAAAGUCAGAGAAACAGUACAGUGAAGCUAUCCAGGCCAUGAAACAGCAGCACUUACAGGAAAUAAAUGAUUUGAAACAUUCAAUAGCAUCACAGUCUGACAAUGAGAAAUCUUCCUUUGCACAUGAUAUGCAGCUUCUCAGGGAACAAAAUGACAAUCUGCAUCAGGAAAAAUCUGAAGCUGUAAGAAGUUAUGAAAACUUGAGGGAAACACUUGUAAGCCUUCAAGAGGAACUGGGGGAAUCUGCUGGAAAGAUCAGCAGGGAGUUUGAAGCAAUGAAGCAACAACAAGCAAUAGAUGUCAAUGAGUUGCAGCAGAAAUUGAGAGCAGCAUACAAAGACAAGAAUGACCUACUUGAAACUGUGAACCGGCUGCAGGCUGAAGUAGAUCUUUUAUUGGGCAAGCAAGCUGAAUGUGAAGAACUUCAGCUUCAAAUUACGAACUUGCAUCAGAAGAAUGAAGAAGUGGUUGCCACUCUACACAGACAGGAUGAGAUGUUAAAAGACAUGGAAAUACAAAUGGGUCAAACUACCAUACAAAAUGAAGAGGUAUUUUCUACCAUAAAAUCAUCAACUGAGCAAAUCAGUAAAUUGCAGGAGAUGUGCAAGACUGAACAAUCUAAAGCUCUGAGUUUGCAAAAGGAAACAGAUGGACAGGCAAAUCUUAUUUGUGAAUUAACACAAAAAAAUGAUCAGCUGACAGAAAAACUCAGUGAAUCUGAAAGCAUUUCAACUGACCUUAAAUUGCAACUGGAAAAAUUACUGUUGGAGAAAAAGAAGGAGCAUGAAUCAAAUACAUCUCAUGAUGAAAUGUUAAAUCUUAAGGAAGAAAAAGACAUGCUGAGUAAAGACUUUGAAAGGCUUAUGACUGAACACAGCAGUUGUCUUAGAUUACAAGAGGAGCUUCAGGAGAAGUUGACAGAUGCUUAUAAUGAGAAAAACGACCUUCUUGAAACUGUGAAAAAGCUUGAAGAGGAAGCAAAAGUUUUAUUAUCCAGGCAGACUGAAUGUGAAGAGUUACAGCUUCAAAUCGAAAACUUACAACAAAAGAAUGAAGAAGCAGUGACAUUGCUGCACCAAAAAAGUGAGCUGCUUAAAGACCUGGAAGAAAAAUUGGGUCAAGCUAAGGUGCACAGUUCAGAAGUAUUCUGUGCUGUCCAAUCUUCAGGUGAGGAAAUAAAUAAACUGCAUGAUAUGUGCAAGUCUGAACAAGCCAAAAAUUUGAGCUUACAAAAAGAGAUUGAGGAUCAGGAACAGCUUAAAGCCAGGCUUAAGCAAACUAUCGAGGAACUGACAGAAAAACUUCAAGACUCCAUAAAAUGUAAGGACAACACUGAUAAUGAAAGAGAAAAUCUACAACAACAAGUUCAAAGUUUACAUAUGUGCAAAAAUGACCUUGAAACAGAGUGUCGAAAGUGUCAAGAUGAAGUGCUGAAUAUCCGUAAAGAAAAGGAAAUUUUAAGCAACGACUUUGAUAGGCUUAUGUCUGAACACAAUGAAUGUUUUACUUUGAAGCAGGAACUAGAAGAAUUAAAAAUGAAGUUCCAGCUGGUCGCGGAAGACAAAGAACAGGUAACAAAAUUUCUUGAAAGUGAACAGCAUCAAAUCGAAGCAGUAAAAUCCCAGCUUAUUGUUCUUAGAGAGACAUUAUCAAUUGAUGAUGCGGAGCAAGAUAUUAUUCAUAUGCUGCAAUCUAUUAAUGAGGCAAUGUCUCUGAUAAAUGAAGAGAAGCAGAAUAUGAUUUUACAGAGGGAUGAGAAAUCUGUUGAAUUUGAGAGACUUCAGGAAGAAGCGGAGUCUCAGAGUGCAGAGUUAAGAGCAAUAUUAAAUGACUACUCUAAAGAGAAGGUGCUUCUGAAAGAAGAGUUAGAUGAAACGCUAAGAGACAAGGAGGCUCUGCUAAAUGAUUUAGUAGAGAUGAAAAAUGCACUGGAGAAGUCAAACCUUGAAAACAAGGACCUUAUUACAGGUCUUGAAAAUUUAACAGCAGACCUGGAGACUUUAAAAAAGGAAAAAGUUGAAAUGCUUUUGCAGUUCAACCAGGAAGGUCAAAUGAAUUUACAAUCUUUGAUGGAAAGCAAGGAGUCUGAUAUGAAAGUACUCACACUGGAACUGAACUCUGUAAAGGAUUCACUUUCAAAAUCAAAGGCACUGGAACUUGAGCAACAAUCUCAUAUAUCAGAACUUGAAAUUAAAAUAGCAAAUCUGGAAAAACGUUCUAAAGAAACAGAAGAAAAAUGUAAUAAAAUUAAAGCAGUUGCAGUUAAAGCCAGGAAGGAACUGGACAGCUGUAAAAAAGAGAAUCACUCAAUAAAAGAAGAACUGCAGAAGACUAGAUCAGAAAGAAACCAAUUUACAUCUUCCAUGAAGGAUCUUGUUCAAAGUGCUGAAGGAUACCAGAACCUCGUGCGAGAAUACGAUAGGCAAGUAGAGCUGCUGGAAGUAGAAAAGGAGAGAUCGAGAAAUUUUGAGAAUGAAUUGGCAGAGCUUGUAAAACGAGUCCAAGCAUCUACGCUGGAGAAAGAAAAGCUAAGCCUUGCAAAUGAAGAUUUGGUAGCCCAUAUGGAGACCAUGCAGACCAACAAUAAAUUGUACGAAUCACAGAUACUAGAAAUGCAGAGAGCUAAGUUUGCGGUGGAUAAAGAGCUUGAAGCUGAAAAAUUGAUAAAGGAGCAAAAGAUUAAGGAUCACUCUUUGGCAGUGAGCCAAGUUCAGGAGCUUCAGAAUCAACUUCAAAAGGAAAAGAAACAGCUUCAAAAGACUGUGCAAGAGCUUGAGCUUGUCAAGAGGGAUGUACAAAAGAGCACACUUAUGGAUAUGGAAAUGGCUGACUAUGAGCGAUUGGUGAAAGAUCUCAACCAAAAAAUUUCAAUUAAGAGCAGCCAGCUGGAGGAUCUGGAACAAGAGCUUCAGACUCAAAAGCAGAAACAAGAAAUGCUAAGAGAAGAAAUAUCAUCAUUGCAGGCAACUGUGCAGCAACAGGAGGAGAGAAGCACAAAAAUGAAACAACUGUUAGUGAAAACCAAAAAAGAACUUGCUGAUGCAAAGCAUGCUGAAUCUGAUUACUUGAUUCUCCAGGCCUCUUUGAAGGGUGAGUUAGAAGCAAGUCUGCAGCAAGUGGAGGCAUUAAAGAUUCAAGUGGCUGAACUGACAUCAGAGAAACAUAGAGUACAAGAGCAGUUAAGGGCACUAGCAGAGCAGCAACAACGUGCAGCCAGCACAUACCAGCAGAAGCUUGCUUCUCUGCAAGAAGAAUGUGCUGCCGCUAAGGCUGAGCAAGCUUCCGUGACCUCUGAAUUUGAAAGUUACAAAGUACGUGUCCAUAAUGUUUUAAAGCAACAGAAGAAUAAAUCUACAUCCCAAGCGGAACAUGAAGUCUACAAGCAGGAAAGGGAACAUCUGCAAAACAUGUUGGACCAACUGAAAGCUAAACUUCAAGAGACACAACACAACCUGCAGAUUAAUACUAUAGAGCUACAGUCUUUGCAGUCUGAACAUGACACACUUUUGGAGAGGCACAAUAAAUUGCUUCAAGAAACAGUCACAAAAGAAGCAGAGCUUCGUGAAAAGCUAUGUUCUGUACAGUCAGAGUACACGGUUCUUAAGACUGACCAUGCACAAAUCACUAGCCAGCUGAGUGCUCAAAAUGAAGUUCUGCGAAACAGUUUCAGUGACCAAUUGAGACAUUUACAAGAUGAUCACAGGAAGACAGUGGAAACCCUGCAGCAGCAGCUUUCCAAGGUGGAAACCCAACUCUUCCAAACGAAAAGUGAAAAUAAUGUGGCAAAUAUUUCAGGUUCUCAGCAAGCUUUGAAGGGUUUGCGGGAAAGGAGACCAGUUGAUCUUCCUCUCCUGGAUGUGUACUCUUUGGCUAGAGAAGAAGGAGAAGGAAUGGAAACUACAGAUACAGAAUCAGUGUCUUCAGCCAGCACACACAUAGCAUCAUUUGAGCAACUUCUCAAUUCAGCUGAACUAAGAAAUGACCCUCCCCAAUGGCAACCAGAACUUUCAAAAGAAGAACUAACCCAGAAACUGAACACUGCCUCAAAAAGUGUUGAUCAUAUGAGUGGACUUCUUCGUGAGACAGAGGCAACCAAUGCCAUGCUGAUGGAACAAAUCACACUCCUCAAGAAUGAAAUUAGACGCCUGGAAAGGAAUCAAGAACGAGAGAAGUCUGUGGCAAAUCUGGAAUAUUUGAAGAAUGUUCUGCUACAGUUUAUAUUCCUUAAAGCAGGCAGUGAAAGGCAGCGUCUUCUUCCUGUCAUAGAUACCAUGUUGCAGUUAAGCCCAGAGGAGAAAGGAAAACUUCAUUCCAUUGCUCAUGGUGAAGAAGAUGCAGGUUCUCGCCCUGCUGGGUGGUCAUCAUAUCUGCACAGCUGGUCUGGGCUACGGUAGUAUCAGGAUAUAUAUACACACACACAUGAACCGUGUACAUUCCUGAGUUGCACUAAUCACAGGAGCAGAGCAGAUACCGUCUUGUAAUUUAGUUUGUACAAUGAAAGCUUAAGUCAUUAUUUAAUUACUUUAUGUAUAAUUGUAUUGAAUCCAAAGCUGGAUUACCACAGAUUCCUUUUCAAACUGUGCAUAUUUCUGUUUCAAGUGCCUUGCAAUGAUUGGCAAAAUGCAAAUGUGUAUACUGUUUGUUCCUUUUCCAUUUCAUUUUAGCUUGCCUUUUUUUUUUUUUCUUAAAGGGAAAAUAUACUCCCUUUUUUGACAUGAGCUCAUUCAGGUAGGCUUAUGGGGAAAAAAGGCACAUAAACAUGAAAAAUGCAUACCAGAUUCUGCAAAUGGAAAGCAAACCAUGUUAGUCAUAAGAACCAUUUCCCCCACACCUUUACAAGGGAACUAUAAUGAUAAUAAAAAUUAAAAAAUUUGCUUCUGAACACUGAAAUAAGAAACUUUCUAAAUACAAUCAAUUAAAAAUUCUGUACCGUUUCUGAAAUAAUCAAGUUUAUCUUCACUAUCCCUCUUUC